AAAGAUACAUUGAGUGGACACUUAAAAAAAUGAUUAUUUUGUGAUAAUGCGCAAUUCAGUGCCUGUAUAUAAACUGAUAAUCGAUUGCGGGCCUCAAACAUUCGCUAAUUGGACAGUAAAAUGAAAGCUAUUACUCUUUGCCUUUUGGUGCUGGUUUCGGCCACUUGUCUGCUGACUACUCAAGCCAAUUCAAUUGAAUUGCGUGAAGAAAACAGUGACAAUGAAUUCGAUUUUGAAUUGGAGCUCGAACAGCUGCUGGACGAAUUGGAUAAUGACUACGAUUACAUGGAUUUUGAGGAGCAGGUUUGCAGAAAAAUCCUUCGCAAAGCUUUGAAGACAGUUCGUGGCACCAAUUGCAUUAUCAAGGAGGUGGUAAACAUUCUGAGUUCGUGCACCAACUAUGUGGAUGCCAUCGAUGCCUGCGGCACUGAAAUUCCCAAGGAUGUGGCCAAGAUGUGGAAUUUGUUCAAGGCUUCCAUGAGACUGACCAGGAAAAUCAAUAGGACCCUGAAAAUGAUCGCCAAAUUGCCAGCAGAUACGAGCUCCUGCUUUGUGAAUGCCACCAAUAAAGUCACGAACUCCUUUAAGUCCUUUUUGCCUAACAUCAACGUCUGCAUUGAGUCUAUGUAAAUUCUUUAUGUAACAGGAGUAUUAAAACUAUGAAUUCAAAGUA